AUGGUUUACAUCACAGAGGACUUGGUUCGCCGGCGGGCCGAGCACAACGAGUGUGAGAUCUUCUCUCUGGAAGAAGUUUCUCUUCAUCAGCAGGACAUCGAGAGGAUCGAACACAUCGACAGGUGGUGCAGAGACCUGAGGAUCCUCUACCUGCAGAACAACCUCAUCCCCAGAAUAGAGAACCUGGGCCGCCUGAAGACGCUGGAGUAUCUGAAUCUGGCUUUGAACAAUAUCGAAGUCAUUGAAAACCUUGAAGGCUGUGAGAGUCUCCAGAAGUUGGAUCUGACGGUGAACUUCGUCGGUCGGCUGAGCAGCGUUGAGUCUCUGCAGCACAACGUUCACCUGAGGGAACUCUUCCUGGUGGGAAACCCCUGCACUGAGUUUGAGGGAUACAGACAGUAUGUGGUGGCCUCGCUGCCUCAACUCAAGUUUCUGGACGGCACAGAGAUCAACCGGUCGGAGAAGAUUCGAGCCCUUCAGGGUCUGGAGGAGGUGAGGAGGCAAGUGUGGCAGCAGGAGCAGGAAUACGUGAGGAAAAGAGCAAGAGAGAAAGAGGAGGCACAAAGGAAGGCGGCAGGAGAGGAGAGGAAAGGAGACAAGGAGGGAAAGCCGGGUUUCGACGGUCGUUGGUACACUGACAUCAACAACACAAAUGUUUUCUGUCCCUGUAGUCCAGGGUCGAAGGAGGAUAAGGAGAACCAGGAGGUGGAGGAGAUCACGGACUCGGAUGAGGAGCGACGGGAGAAGGAGUUCUGGCACACGCCGUGUUCAUUUACCCCCGAAUCUCGUCUGGAGACUCACCGCCACCUGGAGGAGAAGAAGAGGGCCGAAGAGAAGUAAGAGAAGAAGCCGAAGGCUCCAAGAACUCUGAUAACUGCUGACGGACGAGUCCUGAACGUCAAUGAACCCAAGCUCGACUUCUGUCUCACCGAGGACGAUGAAAACAACUUGAUCAUCUUAGACCUGGCUGUAUACAGACACAUGGACACCUCCCUGCUAGACAUCGAUAUCCAGACGACGUACGCCAGAGUGACCAUCAAAGGAAAGAUAUUUCAGAUGGUGCUGCCUGCCGAAGUGAAGCCGGACAGCUCGACAGCGCAGAGGUCCCAAACCACCGGACACCUGGUCCUCACCAUGCCCCGAGCUGAAGGUGAAAUCAAAGUGACAAAGACCGUCCCACGUCCACCCAGAGCCUGUCAGAGCAGACGCAGCAGCUCGCCCACAGACAACAAAAGAAGAAGUAAAGUUCCUGAGAGGUUGGAGGUCGACCCCAGCAAACACACAACCGUCGACAUUGCCAACAUCGUACCGCGUCAGAGCGUUAAAGAAGGUCCGCUGGAAACAUCUGGAAUCAGUCCAACGACCAACAGCACCAGCUGCAGCUUCUCUGAAGGGUUUGUGGAUGAUCCUGAUGUUCCUCCUCUCAUAUAG